AUGCUUACUUUCACAUUGACUUUCGCUGUGUUAGUUGCCAUGGCAACAGCUCAAACCACCACGCCUAAUACCCCAACGGAGGAAAUGCCAAUGGAAGAGUGGUAUCCCUUCAAGAAUCCAGGAGAGAUCCUUCCAGAAGGAGCGUUGACAGUGCCUUACAUUCUGGACAUCGUAGGUGGGUUGUGGAUGCAAUAUCGCCUGAUAGACUCAUACACAUACCUCUGCUCCGAGGUGCUUCCAGAGCUGUCCCAGAAGAUCCCAGAGAUUGGGAAUAUGAGCGACACCUGGACACCAGUUUGCGAGGAGGUUAUCUCUGCAAGGAAUGACGACGAGGGGUUCAAUGCCACCGAAUUCUGCAACGCUCUUGUUGCUUUGGGGAGUGACGUGUUUCCAGCCCAACCGAACAUGACUGAUCCUGGAGAGAUGCCAGCCAUGACUGGGACGGACAUGAUGGAAAUGCCUGCAGGAGACGAAAUGCCGACGCCCGGCCCCGAUGGGACACUUGAGUUACCUGUAGAUCUAUCUAGUUUGUUAUCACCCUUGCUUGGUUCCCUAGGAAACGUCGCCAAUGAUCUCUAUGGCAUCGACAUCAUGGAUCCACUCACCAUAUGUCCUCAAGCUCAUCUCUUCCUGGAACCAUCUCUGCCAAAACUAAUCUACGAUUUCGGGACCGAGUUCCUGAAUACCUUAUUGACCACAACGGCUCCUGAUUGUGAUAAACUGAAUGAAUUUCUUGAAGGUUUAGGGAUCGAUUCCACCUCGGAGCUAUAUCCGAUUAUGCAGGAAGUUGAAGCGCUCGUUUACAAAGCCAUGGGAUUCGAAAGUAGGGAGGAUCUCUGCGAAAAUGUCACCGAAGCUUUGAAUGACAUGACAACUAAAGACCUGGCAAAGAAGGUACUCAACCAUCUCUUCCUAAUCGUAACCAACGAGGAUACGUGUGGAACCAUAGCCCAUGACGCCAUCAACAUCAUCAAUGACGUCAUAAUGAUGAUGACUCCGAUGGACAACUCUACUGAAUUCCAAUUCACCAUAACUGAUGACGUAAUCUACCAGUAUACCGGGUUUAUGAGCAUUGAGGAUGCAUGCGAGGCCAUCGAUGUAGCUUUCUCAGGUGAAAAUACAUUUCGGUGUCACACGAAAGGUUUCGACCGAGAUGCUUGUAACAUCUGCACCAUGUCAACGUCUGAUGGCGUCCCAUCAUUCCUCUCGUCCAAUCACAUCGACUGUAACAUGAAGUGCCCCUUAGGCGCGAUUGCUCAAUGGUGGAGCAGUGGUCUCGUAACCGGAAGGUACCGAGGUCGAAACCAAGUCGAUACGUUCUUGCCCUUAGGAUGA